CUUCAACUAAUCUUCCUCACUCUCUCUCUCUCUCUCUCUCUCUCUCUCUCUCUCUCUCUCUCUCUCUCUCUCUCUCUCCCUCUCUCUCUCCCUCUCCCCAUAGACAAGCAUUCCGGCGACUUCUCCGAACAAAUUUCGACAGUCGAUAAGUGAUGGGUAGUCAUUGACUGAGGCGAUCGGAGACGACCGCGAUCAUCAUCAUCAUCAUCAUGUCGACAGUAUGGAGCUCGGACUGCUUCUCCGAGCUACUGUGCGCAGAGGACUCCGGAAUUCUGUCCGGAGAGUCGCCGGAAUGCUCGUCCGAAGUGGAAUCUCCGGCGUACAGCGAGGAAGAGUCCAUAGCCGGAUUCAUCCAAGGCGAGCGCCACUUCGUCCCCGGUAUCGAUUACUUGUCUCGCUUACACUCUCAGUCGCUUGACGUUACCGCCAGAGCUGAUUCUGUUGCAUGGAUUCUCAAGGUCCAGAGUUACUAUGGAUUUCAACCACUUACGGCGUAUCUUUCCGUUAACUACUUGGAUCGGUUCUUAUACUCCCGCCGGUUGCCGCAAGCAAGUGGGUGGCCGAUGCAACUUUUAAGUGUUGCUUGCUUGUCCUUAGCUGCUAAGAUGGAGGAACCUCUGGUUCCUUCGCUGUUGGAUCUUCAGGUAGAAGGUGCCAAGUUUAUAUUCGAACCCAGAACAAUCCGCAGGAUGGAGCUUCUGGUGCUGAGUGUUUUGGAUUGGAGGCUACGAUCUAUAACACCCUUCAGCUUCAUCGCUUUCUUUGCAUGCAAGCUCGAUCCAACGGCAACUUUCAUUGGCUUUCUCAUUUCACGCGCCACGGAUAUCAUCUUAUCGAAUAUCCAGGACUCUAGCUUUCUUGAAUAUUGGCCAUCAUGCAUUGCUGCGGCAGCAAUACUUUCAGCAGCCGAUGAAAUGCCUAAUCUGUCGCUUGAAAACCCUGAACAUGCCGAGUCAUGGUGUGAUGGACUAAGCAAAGAGAAAAUAAUCGGAUGCUAUAGAUUAAUGCAAGAUCUAGUGGUUCAAAAUUGUCGGAAUAAAAAGUCAUUACCCAAUGUGUUACCACUGCAACUCCGAGUUACGGUUCGGGGCAGAAUGAGGUCGAGUUCCGACUCAUUGUCCCCGUCGUUCUCAUUAUCAUCCCCGUCAUCGUCAUCAUCAUCACCAAUAUCUUAUAAAAGGAGGAAAACAAAUAACUGCUUGUGGGUAGACGAUGAUAAAGGAAACUCCGAGUAGGGGAGAUGGGAAAAUUAUAAAUAAAAAAAUGGUGGUCCAAAAGUUGUCUAGAAACCUCAUCAAUCAUUUUUAGGAGGGUUUUUGGGAUUAGAAAUUGACUGAUAUUGGGGUUUUCUGUAGAUUAUAGUAUGUAUAAUGUCUAUAUGUUUGAGAGUUUGGUGAGAUUUUAUUAUUUUAUUUGUUGUUUUUGUUGGUGGGCAUUGCCAUUAUUCGUUAUAUAAUGGCAUUGCAGAUUCCCAAGGGAGGGGGAUUUGUUUUUUAGUACAGAGAUAUGUUUUAUAAAAUAGUGGAGUCAUGGAAGCGUGAAUGAAGUAGGGGAUUGAAUUCAAAGGGCUCAUUGAAGCUGGUGGGACAUGAAAGCGAGGAAAGAAAAUAAAGGGUUGGCAAAAUUAGGAAUCGAGCUUUGAAGUUUGAGCAGUACUAAAUUGAAUGAGAUCAGCGUGAAGUCGGAUGAAACAGAAAUACAAAAAAUUUGUAUUUUUGAAAGUGCUAUCAUCGGUUUGGGAGUGAUCAUAUGAUGUGAUUCGAGUGUCAUUACUCAAGUUUUUCUCCUCAUCUAGCAGCAUAAUUAUUGCUUCGACUACUCUACUAUGUGCGUUUUUUGACGGGAAAGCCGAAUGAACGGGUGCAGGUGUAGACUGAAUACGAUCGGUGGCUCCACCCAUAUUAGACUUUUGAGUGGGGUGUGUGUGCUCUCUCGCACUGCUUUGGUGGCAGAGUGCGUGGCGCACACCUGUGUAUGUGUGCAUUUUUGGCGGCAAAUAGCCUCUUUUAUAGGCCUUGAGGUGGGCCUAUAACCAUACUGAUGAACUCUGGUGUUUACAAGGGUGGUGCAUGGUCACUCGUGCCUACUCCUUUUUUUGUCUUAAUUUAUUUGAUUUUUUGUAAGUAGAGAAAAAAAAACUCACGAGGAGGAGAAACCUCCUUAAUAUUGUCCUAAAAAAUACAAGUUAAGGUCUUUGGGGCCUUUUCAUGCGUGUUGUAUUUGGUUCAUCAUCAAUAAAAUAUCAUCAAGAUUUCUUUCACCUCU